AUUCCGUUCCAAGAUCUACGCCUGUAUUUCUAUAAGAAUUUUUGUGCCUUCAUACUUUAGCAGUAAAAUAGCUCCAAGAAUUUCCUUCUGUCAACCUUGAAUGUACACCGUUGUCAUGGCAACGGGGCACUCAUCCCUACUUUGUUUACAUUUGAGUUUGAGCUGUUUUGGAGCCUGGUUUUGGAGUGGCGUUGCCAGAGGUGUAUCCAUUUCAUUAUUCAUUUCAUAUUUCAUCGUUUGUUUUGCUUCAAAGUGAAAGGGGAGCAUGUCGCCCGCGAAAAACGCAACGUCCGGCGAGGCAGUCAAAAAGGUUCUUGCCGGGGAGAAGCCAGGCAAAAAGAAGGACAAAGAUAAAGACAAAGACAAGUCCAAAAAGAAAGACAAAGAUGGGGCCUCGCCCAAGAAGCCCAAAGGUGGCGCGUCGUUAUCAGACGCAACCAACAAGUCGCCUGACAAAAAGUCAAAGAAGGAUAAGGACGAUAAAAAGAAGUCCAAAAAAGAUGAUGGUGACGAAAAGGGCAAGAAGUCAAAGGACAAGGACUCGGACAAACCGAAGAAAAAGAAGGGAGAGGGUAAAGAAGAUGACAAAGGCAAGAAAGGAAAAGAUGACAAAGAAGGGAAGAAGAAGAAAAAGAAGAAGAUUCCCAAGUUCGAGGACAUCAUGGCUGACAUUGCUCCGACGGGCUCGGAGCCCGGUGUGGAGGCGCAGCCGGAGCUGCAGAUGGAGGCCAAGGAGGCCGAGCCGGCGCCGGCCGAGGAGGAGGGCGACAUCACCAUGGACACUACCGUCCCGCUCAGUGACGGUGGCACGGGUUUCUCGGCGCCUCGGCCGCGCACGGCCCGAUCAGCGCGGCCCAGCAGCGCGCGGCCGGCGGCCCCGAGACCCAAACAGCGAGCGGCCAUCGAGCAGCAGCUGGAUGAUGUGGCGCCCGGUGGAGCGGCCGCCGCCGCCGCCGUCAUGUUCGACGAGGAUGACGACGACGACGAUCACUUUGUGGUCGAGGAGAAGAAACUGGCACCUGACCCGGGUCUGGCGGCGAUGAUGCAGCCGGACGAGAACCUGGCGGAGCAGGCGGAGGAGGGGGAGCACGGCCUCCUCGUCUCGCAGAUCCUCGAGACCAAAAAGUCCAUGGAGGAGGAGCUCAAGGGAAAAACGCAAAUCGAGCGAGACUCGGGCGCCGACAAGGGCAAGAGUCGCGACAAGGACGCCGUCCGUAAGGAGGUGGCCCGACUCAGGGAGAGCAUACAAAAGGUCACCAAGUCGGCCAACCCGCUAGGUAAAAUGAUGGACUUCCUUCAAGAGGACGUGGAUUCGAUGCAGCGUGAAUUGGACAAAUGGAGACUGGAAAACAAGGAAAUGACGCAACAAAUCCGCUCAGAAAUGGACACAACCAACACGUCUAUUGAGCCACUGAAGGCGGCGCUGUCCGAGUACGAACAGAGCAUCCAGGACCAGCUCGACAAGAUCUCGGCAGUCCGCGCCUCAGUGCUCAACAACGAAAUGAAAAUCGCCAAGAUGAUGGCGGGUGUGAUGAACGUAGCGGCGUCGGCGCCUUAGGAACGGAGCCUCUAGGUCUCCCGGGCCGCGAGCGGUGGAUGGAAGACCUACGCCUUCUUGACUGUCUCCUGUCCGUCAGCUGGCGGUGGAAGCUGUGAUAACGGCCGCACAGCAAGACAGAUGAUCUGGAGUGCACCAGGACGCGAGGCCAGUUUGGCUCUCGGGUGCCUCACAUGUUCUCGGCCGUCUCCCCGACUCCGUUUGGUGGUGUGUGAGGAGAUGCACGGAAUGAAAGGGGGACGGCAAGGAUGGCUGCCUUCAAUGUUUGUUGUCGUUACGGGAACUGUUAACGUUACUAUGAAGCGCUGUUGACCUUCAAGUUCCGCUAAGUUAACCUCACAUGCUUCUGAGUUCCAUUCACCUUAUCAGUCAAGUAGCAUUGUUUUUAUCACAUUAAUAUUUGUCUUGGUGUUAUCGAAACCCAAGCAUGGUCUCGUAUCACCAUUGGCGUCACCACAUAUGCAUGUCUUAUGUUUGUGAUGCAUCCCGAUAUAACCGUUUGUCUGAGCGUAUGCGUUAAAUACUCGAAGUUGUGUCCUCCUCAGCCAUUUGUGCCUGGAGUUGACCGUAUCAGUGAUCUCAGUGCGAUCGUCUCGAGUCAGUCGGUCGCGCACAGAAGAUAUCGAGAGUCGUGCCUAUCAGUGGUUCAGACUUCAGAUGCAUGCGUGGGUGAGACGGUUGGCAAACCCAGUGUUCCGGCACCACGCUGAAAGUCGGAAGUGCGCCUCAUUUCGUCAACCAGCUGAUACCAUUAUCUCGCUGUUUUCGUGACGUCACGGCGCGGGCGGGAGAAUGUUUGACACAACUUACCAAGCGGCGUUCUCUAACGAAACGAGUUUCACCGACGCGUGUGUUCGAUGUGUCAGAAUUCGCCGAUGCUGUUCGCAUAGCUGUUCGGCCUGUGGCGGACACUGAUGUUCAUUGUAGACGUGUUACCCGGCUCACGCCACGGAGGAACUGUGCGAGUGGUGACUGACUGGUCAUCGGAUGAUGGUCGAAUGCACGAUAUACACAAUACAGGCGCUGUGGGUUUGAGAA